AUGAUCCUUACGAAAUUAGAAGAAGAAAAGCAAAUGGGUUAUAUUCUUGACUAUAGGAUUACCUACGGUAAUAUCGAGGAAACUUUUGUAAGGAUGGGUGAAAUGACUGAAGUCGACAAAUGUGUUGCAUCGGCUCCACUUGGUAGUAGGUCAUGGAAUUCAUUUCGAGAACGCGUAAAGCACCGCUGUUAUUCUGACAAGAUGUUAUCACUCAAUAGGUCUCAGAAGGUGAUGCGGUUCUUCUUUUGCGUUGAGUUCCGGCUUGAUGCGUGGUUGGUGCCAAUUUUUGUAGCACUAUUUGCUGCUCAUCAAAUAAUGUUUGAAUCGGAAAUUACUAAUGUCUCAGUGGAGCUGUCACUAUCAUCAAUCCCCACUGGAAGGUUUCUGGUUUUCAAUCCAGUCAACGAAACUACGGUGCGACAUAUGGUUGUACAGUUUAUGAGCAGAUUCGACAAUAUAGAGGUGCAACAUAUAAAUUCAUCGCGUAUUGAUGCUAUCUGGCCACGAAAAUGGCCAUGGGCUGUCGGAGGACUCUAUAUCAAGAAGAACCAGGUCGGACGGAACAGUUUUGACUUCGUCUCCUCUUCCGAUCAGAAACAAUUGCUAUGUGUUCGUGGAGGAGCUGCUCAAUUGAAUAUGGACCUCGAAUUGCGGCCACGACAGCAUCAUUUCGAUCGAAGUACCAGCUUUAUCGUACCGAUCACAUUGCUGCUGCCACUGAUUUUGUUCACCUCUUCAUGUACCAUUGUACCGGCUGAAGAACAACAGUCCCUAUUUAAACAUCAACAAUUAAAGACCGGAUUAUGGCCUUCGAUGUACUGGCUUGUCACGAUGUUCUACGACGCGAUCAUAGCCAUACUUGUCUGCCUGGUCAUAAAACUCAUACUGUUAAUGUUUCAUUGGAACGCUGAAUGGGGGUUCUUGGGCCUGAUGUGUCUGUAUUGCGUGAUCAAUCUUCCAUUAGCUUACUUGAUCGCUUCGAUUAUAUCACAUGUUGGAGGAGCUUUUUUAUUUCUACUCCUCUUUCAGUCCCUCGCUUUUAUUCCCCUUUUUAUCUCUGAUAUGUAUCUUCGAAGACAAGCAGAACUUCAGUUUGGUGACGAUGUUAAAGAGGAAAUGGAUCGCCUGACCAAGGUCAAUCCCAAAGGGGCACUCUCAGUGAAGCAUCUUGUCAAAUAUUAUGGAAAGGAAUGCUGUCUGAAGAAUAUAACCUUCGGUAUUGACAUCGGUGGAAAAUUCGGACUUGUUGGGGUCACUGGAUCGGGAAGAACGACAGCAUUCAAUCUGAUAGCUGGUUUUCAACGCCCAUCUGAUGGGAGUGCUGUCCAUUACGGCGAGGACACGUAUUCACUUUCGAGAGUGGGCUGGUGUGGAUCGCAGGAUGCUCUAUUUGGUCGAUUGACGUGCAGUCAGAACAUUACGAUCAUCGCUGGAUUGAUUGGGUACUCUAAUAUACGACAAGUUGUCAAGACCUUGAUCGAAGCUUUGGGAUUACGCUUGCAUGCAAACAGGAAAAUAUCAAAUUGCUCUACGGGACAAAAACGACGAGUCAGCGUCGCGCUGGCUCUACUGACUCGAUCAGAAUUGAUCGCAAUGGAUGAACCGACCAGAGGAGUCGACCCAGUGACUCGUCGGGAUAUUUGGCGUUUGAUCAACUCUACACAUUUCAACAAUCGUACAUUUUUCUUCACAUCAUCAUCGAUCGAAGAAUGUGAACAACUCAGUGAUCGAUAUGGUGUUCUCUCGCUGGGGCACCUUAUUGCAGUUGGUACCGUUGAUGCGCUCAGAGCCAAGCAUACAAGGUUGUGUGUACUUCAAUUGGUGGUAGAAGAAUAUGCCAGGAAAAAGGUUGUUGAUGGUAUUCGUGAAAUAUACGCAAAUUCUGUGCCAUUACCGGUUCCUGACAGCGGAAAAGGUCUCCUAAAGUGGCAGAUUCCCAUGCAAGAAGGUGACACCCUAUCGGCCUUCUACCAAAAAUUGCUACAAGUUGAAACCGCCUUGCCAGUUACAAAUGUCUUCCUGUCCCAGUCGUCAUACGACUUGGCUCUCGCUACUAUUAACGAAAAAUUCGCUCAAAUGGCCAAAGCAAAGUUGUCCACAUCGGAAUUGGCGGGCGAGAAAUGA